CCAAGCAUCUCCUGUGUGACGGAGGAGAGGGGGGACGUCACAAAAAACGCAAGAGCCAAUCAGGUAUUAGCUCUUUGGAUUUAUGCCAGGGUCUUUAGGCUUGUAUGACUUUAGUACUAGUGGCAAAAGCCAGUUUUUUCCAAAAAAAAAAGUCAGCCGAGACGACGAGAUGCCAUAUACGCCGUCUGGCUUUUUCUGCGACCGGCUGAUCCGGGAACGGGAGCGCAGGGAUGGGGAAGGGUCCCUGAACAAACCCCUGCGCUUCAACGGCCAGGACUUCAACAGCCUGAGACAGGAGUGCCUCCAGAGGAAGAGUCUUUUCGAGGAUGACUCCUUCCCGGCCACCGUGGAGUCUCUGGGCUUCAAGGAACUUGGACACAAGUCCAACAAGGUCAAGAACAUCGUCUGGAAGAGGCCCAAGGAAAUCUGCGAGAACCCUCAGUUCAUUGUUGGAGGAGCCAGUAGGACAGACAUCUGCCAGGGAGAUCUGGGUGACUGCUGGUUGCUGGCUGCCAUCGCUUGUCUCACCCUGAAUGAGAAGCUUCUGUACCGAGUGGUUCCUCAGGAGCAAAGCUUCUCUGAGGGUUAUGGAGGAAUCUUCCACUUCCAGUUCUGGCGCUAUGGCGACUGGGUGGAUGUCGUCAUUGACGACCGCAUCCCAACCUUCAACAACCAGCUGGUUUUCACUAAAUCUGCUGAGAGGAACGAGUUCUGGAGUGCCCUGCUGGAGAAGGCCUACGCUAAGCUUCACGGCUCCUACGAGGCCCUGAAGGGUGGAAACACCACCGAGGCCAUGGAGGACUUCACCGGUGGAGUCACUGAGUUCUACGAGAUGAAGGAAGCUCCCAAAGAGCUCUACAAGAUCAUGAAGAAAGCUCUGGAGAGAGGCUCGCUCAUGGGCUGCUCUAUUGAUUCACUGGUUCCUGCUCGCUUCGAGACUCGUACGGUGACUGGACUUGUGAAGGGUCAUGCCUACUCUGUGACGGCCGUGGAGGAGUGUAAACCAUCUCAGCACAAGGAAUCUAAAGUCCGCCUGGUGCGUCUCAGAAAUCCUUGGGGUCAAGUUGAAUGGAACGGUCCCUGGAGUGACAACUCUAAGGAGUGGGCCACAUUGUCUAAAUCUGAAAAAGAGAAGCUUCAGCACCAGAGCGCCGAGGAUGGAGAGUUCUGGAUGUCAUUCGAGGACUUCAAGAAGAACUACACCAAGAUCGAGAUCUGUAACUUGACCCCCGACGCCCUGGAGGACGAUAAGAUCCACAAGUGGACGGUUUCUGUGAACGAAGGCCGCUGGGUGAGAGGCUGCUCUGCUGGAGGCUGCAGGAACUACCCAGACACUUUCUGGACCAAUCCUCAGUACCGUCUUCGCCUGCUGGAAGAGGACGACGAUCCCGAGGACAACGAGGUUGGCUGCACCUUCGUGGUGGCGCUGAUGCAGAAGAACCGACGGAAAGAACGCAAGAUGGGAGCAAACCUGUUCACCAUCGGAUUCGCCAUUUACGAGGUGCCAAAGGAGAUGCAUGGAAACAAGCAGCACAUGCAGAAGGACUUCUUCCUCUUCAACUCCUCCAAGGCUCGCUGCAAGUCCUACAUCAACCUCCGCGAGGUGACGCAGCGUUUCCGCCUGAGUCCCGGCGAGUACGUCAUCGUUCCCUCCACCUACGAGCCCCACCAGGAGGGAGAGUUCAUCCUCAGAGUCUUCUCAGAAAAGAGGAACACCUCAGAGGAGAUAGAGAACAGGAUCGAGGCUGACCAUCCAGUGCCGGCUCCGGCCUCAGCGGGGGAAGAGAGCGAGGAGGACCAGCAGUUCCGGACUAUUUUUCAGGAGAUAGCCGGCGAUGAAAUGGAAAUCACAGCCAGCGAACUGAAAAACGUUCUCAACAGAGUGAUCACCAAACAUAAGGAGCUGAACACGGAGGGCUUCAGCCUGGAGAGCUGCAGGAGCAUGAUAGCUCUGAUGGACGUAUCCUUUAUGGAUGGAACAGGGAGACUCAACCUGCAGGAGUUCAGACAUCUGUGGAAUAAGAUCAAACAGUGGCAGGGAAUCUUUCAGCACUACAACGCUGACCAGUCUGGCAGCAUCAACAGCUAUGAGAUGAGGAACGCCGUCAACGAUGCAGGCUUCCGUCUCAACAAUCAGCUGUAUGACAUCAUCACCAUGCGCUACGCUAACGAGAGCAUGAACAUCGACUUCGACAGCUUCAUCAGCUGUCUGGUUCGGCUCGAAGCCAUGUUCAGGGCGUUCCAGGCCUUUGACCAGGAUGGAGACGGAACCAUCAGACUCAGUGUCCUGGAGUGGCUCCAGUUGACCAUGUACGCCUAGAAAGGCCCAUCUUCUCCCAGGUGAGCUCCACUCCACACGAGGACCAGACCUGCCAGCCUUUACCUCAAUAUUCAGUGUGCCUGACCGCUUUCAUCCACCUCACCUCACCUCCAGCCUUCACCUCCCUCAAUCCCACCAGCUCUUUCAUCUUUUCUCUCUAUCAACAGUAGGUCUCAGGCCUUUUUUGCAUUCCCUUCUCCACCUUCGUCCUCCAUCAUCAUCAGAAGUCUCCUUUCAGUAAUUAUUUUUUAUUUCAAAGACACCCAGACCGUAACACAUGCACAGUACUUUUCUCAGGCAGCAAACACACACAACAACCUCUUUUUUUUCUGUCACAAUACCUCACAGAGCCUCUCACAGAAACCCAUAUCUGUUCUAGUAUUGAUCUCCUUCAACCACCCUGUGACAUCCCUCUUCUUCUGUUAUCAGACUGGGCUUCUUUCCUGUAUUUACUCCAGUGAACUGGGCUCUCUGGUGGACAGUGAAUAAAAUUGUGAAUUACUCCCUGACCUGUUAAUAGUGCAACCGGCAUUCACUUUUUUUUUUGUCAAUAAACGAAUUCUUCUGGACUAAUCGUGGGCCUAGAAUCAGUCACAUUUCAUCGGGUUGCUAUGUCGAGUGCUCGGCCCUACAGAUAGCGCCUCCUGGUGGGCAAACUCAGGCUUCUUCAGUUCAUCUCAGCUCCCCUUCGACUCAACUGUCCAGUCUGCUCCGUCUUUCAGCUCUGCAUGUGGAUGGAUGAGAUUCAAGAACAAAAAGUGUGGAGCCGACGAGUUUUUUUUCCUCCCUAACACCGACACUCGAGGUUCAAAUGUGGAUUUGAAAGAAUACAGCUAAUGGGUUGGACUGCAGCUUUUUUGUGAUUUAUAUAUUUUUUUCCUAUUAAGGCUUUGGUCAAAUGAGUGUACUGCAUUUUUAACCAUUUCAACCAAAUAAAUAAAUGUGUAGUUAUCGGUU